AUGUGGGCAGGGCAGGAGGAAGGAAGCCCCUGUCCCAUGCUAAGGAAAGAGUAUGGCGCUAAUGUGGUCCCAGCCUUUCCUCCAAAGAAGAUCUUCACACUCACCCCAGCAGAGGUAGAGCAGCGACGGGAACAGCUGGAGAAAUACAUGCAGGCUGUGCGGCAGGACCCCACGCUGGGAGGCAGCGAGACCUUCAACAGCUUCCUGCGCAAGGCUCAGCAGGAGACGCAGCAGAUACCCACAGAGGAGGUGGUGCUGGAAGUGCUGCUCUCCAAUGGCCAGAAGGUCAAGGUCACCAUCCUUACCUCGGACCAGACGGAGGAUGCUGUGGCCUCCAAGCUGGAUCUGCCAGAUGACCUGGUGGGCUACUUCAGCCUCUUCCUAGUGAGAGAGACCAAGGACGGAGCUUUCUCCUUUGUGAGGAAGCUGCAGGAGUUUGAGCUGCCGUACGUGUCCGUCACCAGCCUGCACAACCCCGAGUUCAGGAUCAUCCUGCGCAAGAGCUACUGGGACUCCUCCUAUGACGAUGACGUAAUGGAGCAUCGUGUGGGGUUGAACUUGCUGUAUGCACAGACGGUGUCAGACAUCGAGCACGGAUGGAUCCUUGUCAACAAGGAACAGCACCGGCAGCUGAAGUCCCUGCAGGAAAAGGUCUCCAAGAAGGAGUUCAUCCGCCUGGCGCAGACCCUGAAGUACUACGGCUAUCUCAAGUUUGACCCCUGCGUCACCGACUUCCCCGAGAAGGGAUGUCACGUCGUCGUCAGCGCCGGCAAUCUCAACUUCCAGGUGCGGCUGCCGAACGAGCAGAUCAAGGAAGGCAGCUUCAAGGUCACGCGCAUGCGGUGCUGGCGGGUCACAUCCUCGGUGAGUGUCGCCUGCCUGUGGGGCCCUGGGGAGCAGGGAGGGCUCCGGCGG